AUUCAAAUAUUUCGUCUAUGUAAAUAUGCUUGAAACUGCGGCAGAAAUAUCGACAGCGUUUCCUCUUGUCAGCACUUUAGCGUUUAGACUCUGUCCGACCUCCGUCGUAGAAUGAAGUGAAAUUGCCACGUCGUCUUGUUUUACAGCUGCUAGCUUGACAAGACAGCGAACACCUGCUUUUAGGCCCAGACUUUCCUAUUUAUAGGGAUGAACCACAAGCAGGUUGUAAACGACUUCUGUUGUUUUUUAAAAACGACUUUCUGUUCCAUGAAUAUUGCUUCAUUGGGCUUGAAGUUUAAAACAAGCAACAAGUUGGUGAUCACCUCGGCUGCCUUUCAAGACCACAUCACAAGGAGCCUGCUGCUUUCAAAUCUCUCAUUGUCUGACCCGUUGCCGAGAUGCAAAAGAGAAGGACCCAGAAACCCACAAGCAAGAAGAACAGUGCAGGAGACUGGUCUGCAGUGGCAGGACUGGCGAGAGCUCAGAAGAUGGGUUUGGUGGCUGCCCCAGCAGAGAGACUGAUGGAGGAUGAAUGGAUGCAGGUCAAGGCAAGGUCUGCUCAGCAGGGGGAAUCCACUCAGCCCUGUGCAAUAUGUAGGGAGGAGUUUCGCCUUCAGCCUCAGGUGUUGCUGUCUUGCUCUCAUGUUUUCCACCGAGCAUGUCUGCAGGCCUUUGAGAGGUUUUCUGGGAGGAAGUGCUGCCCCAUGUGCAGAAGGGAGCAGUAUGAAACACGAUUGAUACAUGAUGCAGCUCGCCUCUUCAGACACCACUGUGCCACCAGAAUUCAAGCAUGCUGGCGAGGCUAUGUUGCUCGAAAGUGGUACAGACAUACGAGAAAAACGGUCAGCCCAAAAGACAAACGGCUGCGACGCAAAUUCUUCGAGGCAAAGUUGCAGGAGUUGAAUGACAGCUUUGUCCGAUACUGUCACACCGACACGGAGGCUUUUCUGAGUGAUAUCGACCGCUCCCUGUCAUCAAGCAGACGAGUGUUCCAGCAGCUGGAGAGUAAGAGCGUCUCUGAACCACAGGAGAACGACUGGGACCAAAUACAGAGCCAGGUUAUCCAGAGAGGUGUGCGGGACUGCCCCAUCUGCCUGACUGCACUGGGCGACCUGAACCUUCCGACUGAAGCAAGUAGAUCCCACCAUCAACAACAAGGCAGACGAACUGUGCUCCUGUCCUGUUCUCACCUCUUUCACCAGCUCUGUUUAGAGGCCUUUGAGUCUUUUACAGCAGACAGCAGACCUCCAUGUCCCCUGUGCAGGUCUGUCUACCACAAGAAGCUCAUCUAAAACAGGUACUAUGUAUGCAAGACAGCAUUUUAGAUCAUCCCAUCUAGUAAUAUUUUCUUGUAUCCCAAGUUACUUGUAUUUAAAUUAAGCACAAUUAUUAUGACGCCUUGCAUGGUUCUGUAUCUGGGGAAAUGUACUUAUUCACCUUCGUGCUGAGAGAGAUGUGAAAGAUUUUACCACUUUCAUGUCUGUAAGUUUUUUCUCUUUUAUUUUCAAACACAUAAACAAUAAACAAAAUAACAAAACAUAAUUUUAGUGAACUGAGAAAUUUGUAAAAAAAAAAAAAUACAAAUAAUAA